AGGCGUUGAACCGUGACACACACACACACGUAACGAAUUCAAAAGAACUUCCAGGAAGUUAUUAAACACCCAUUGCCGAGCUUGUCAGCUGUACAUGUGGUGGUGAUUCAUACAGACAGCUGAACAAAUUGUCCUAAUCAACACUAAAGUUACGCUUCUAAUUAGACUUCAGAAGAUGCAGGUGUGAUCCACAGUAAUGCUUGACUGUCAUUCCUUCAUUGCUCAAGGUUUUUGGAGCUAAUAUUUUUUCAUGAUGGCUCUAUUGGCACCUAGUGAUAAUGGAUGUAUGCCAGCCGGCCGACAGAGGAGAAACAGCUACUUUGAGGCCCUGUCCAGUGUCUCAAGUGAUCUGAAUUUUGUGGCCUCGGAUCUCAAGAAAGCCCCGGCCCCAUUCAAGGCCAGUUCCCCCAAGUCCCCCCUGGCCGUGACUGCUAGUUUGCCAAUAGCUGCAGGUCUGCUAGAUAACAGGUUGCAGCAGUCAUACAUACCACCAGCGGACCGAUACCAACAUCUGAGGAUAUCCGGGAACUUCUCCCCGGCUACCAACAACAAUGCAUCCACCUUGUCUACCACGCCUAGCCCACACUAUGCCCAGGUCCCUUCUUAUAGAAAGAGGGAUUCAUCAAGUCUCCCUCGAUCAUUUGAGAGCCUUUUUCUACCGGAUUCAGCGCAGCCAUCCCGGGCAUCCUUCCACGAGGGGGUCAUCAACCCCCAUCAGCCCCCUGGUCACUUUGGUGAUAACUCCAUGGAGCUGUCCUUACUGACCAGACUGGUUCACACCAAGCCUAUCUGGUUCCUCCCAAACACUCAACGGGCGGCGGCCAUACACUACCUCCAGGGACAACCAGUCGGGACUUUUGUCGUGUGCCAGGCCAGAGACAAGGACAACCUUGUGCUGACAAUGAAGCAUCCAGGGAAAGGAACGGGACUGUACAUUGAGAAGCUGCCCGUCCUUAUCUCCAACAAUGGUGUGAAGUUGUCCAAUGCCACGGAAGAGUUCUCCACCAUUGAGGAUCUUAUUGUCCACCACCUGUACCACGAGGGCACCCUGCCCUGCAAGCUGGCCCUCCCACCAGACAUCAUGGCAGCUGGCAAUAUCAGAGCGUUGCAGUCACUAGCACUCUUUGAAGAAGAAUUCUGGAAAAGAAACCAAAGCCGGCUCGGUGUUGUGGAUCAACAAGCUGAGGGACCAACGGAUUUCCCAGGACUGGUAGGAUCCCCCAGGGGUUGGUCCACAUUUCCACCUCCAUCAGCAAAACAACACGAGAUCCAGUCAAGUAGUUUGACUUCGUCCAUGGCACCCAGUCUGCCAUCGCCCCAAGGAUACAUGGUCAUGAACAAGCUUCCUAUGUUUGCUGUGCUGACACCAGAAGCCGCAACAAGUACUGGGACAAUGCCAAAGUUGGACAGUGGCGGGCAGGGCCUGCCCAGUGUAUCCAUGCGGCAUCGUAAAGUGGACAGUGUCACUGUCCAGGGACACCUCCACAAAAGCUGGAGCUUUGACGACAAGAGCACUCCGUUCAGACAGUCGGAGUUCAUGUCUAUGAUCCCGGCAAGGGACGUGAAGCGAGAGAGCAUUGAUGAUACACUGCUGGCCACGACCGGGCGGCAACCCAUCCGAUGCAGCACACAGAGCCAGCAAGAGUUCCUCCUCCAGAACCUGGGUCACUACCCUCCACCCCUACACAGCCCUCCCCCGCCUCCAACAGACUCUCUGUAUGCUGCUGGAACCUUGCAGCAUCCUGUGGCGCCUCCUCUCCCCCAACGCGGUUCGGUGGAGUACUACAAACCCUUUGAGAGCACACGGCAGGGACAUCACCCUCCCUCAGCUUUCGGUUUCGAAUCCAUAGUACAAGGAGCAAAUCAACCGCCACCACUACCACAACGCUCUGCCUCGCAUCCUCCUCAAGGCCCUCUAUAUCAGCAACCCAUGGCAGCCUCAUCGCUCCUGCCAGACUUUACCCAGUAUUCAUCCCCAACAAUCCUCUCGGUACCUCAAGGUUCUGGAAGUGAGUAUGCCAAAUUAGAAGCCCAGUUGGCUUCACUGGAACAAACCGGUGUGCCACAGACUGAAGCUGACCCACCACAGCAGCCCACGUUCGGCUCAAUUGAAGGCCAGUACAAUUUGGCACCUGUUCUCAAACCCUCAGUGUCGGCAACACCAUCACCCCUUUCUCCUGAACAAGUAAGCAACCCACUGUUUGAGUUUGAUCCUUUACUUGCAUCCAGCCAACAAACAGAGACUCCAUCAACUGCAUCUCUUCCAUCUCAGGAUGUUUUCAGUGCAACACCCGAACAAUCACCUGUCUUAGCUGAAUCACAAUCCCAACACCAGCUCCCUCAGAGACAAUCCGAUGUUUCAAUUGGACAGCUCGUGAAUUUGACAAUGGACAGUAGCGAGGAUGAGGAAAAGAAAUCAAGAGAACCCAAAUUGGCAAGAUCAGGAGGACAGACCCCUGAGUACAGCAGUGAAGACUGGGACCAAUCAGGCGAUGAUGAAGAAGAAGACGAAGACAAAGAAGAUGAGGAAGGAGACAGGUCCAGAGGGGAUCGUAGCUCCUCCACAGCUGAUACUCAAAGUAGCCACAGCAGCGGAGCACAGUCUCAGGCUAGUGGGGAGCACACAACCAAAGACCUCAAGAUGAAGACGUAUAGUGACGAGGAUCACGAUGAGCGAAGCAGCGUUGAUAAACUCUCUGAAAUAACACCCUCGCGGACCAAGAAAAUCAAGAAAUUAAAGAAGAAAAAGAUGAGCAAUCUGAGUAGAAUUCAAAAGUAUGUUCUGAGAAGCAAGGGAAAGAAGAAGAAAGACAAAGGAGAUCCUGCUGAGGAGAUCCAGGCAGCUAUUCACAAACUUGCCAGCAACAAGAGCAGCUACUUCAGCAUGAUGAUGGAGUGCUUUGUGCAGAACAUCAAGGACAAGGAAGAGAAGGAGAGACCAGACGUCUUGAUCCGUAACCUCCGUCAGUUCAUGAGUGGCAUGAAGAACUACCUGUUUAAUCGGCGAGAGCCCGAGGUAGACGCUGCCAUGGAUAAGUACUAUGAUCUGACCAUGGCUGAACUGGAUGCCAUUGUAGAGAGCGCCAUUCACAGUUACAUCUUACUCCCGCUCAAGUCCGAAAUCUACAAGUGUUAUGUCAACGAUCACAAAGAGUCUGGAGCCCUGGACGCGUUGGAUCACAACAUGCAGCUGGCCCGGGCCAAGACCCCAGUGGAGCUGGGAAUAAAGAAAAACUACAUACCACCUGAGGGUGAAAAUCUGGAGAAGAUUCGUGUGUAUUUCCAUCAGCUAGAAGAGGCCUACUCGCCCAUCAAGAAACUGCAGCAUCUACUAGACAUAGUCAGGACUGUCUAUGACACGGUGGUUGACCAGAACUCCGGCCGGGGCCAAGCGGUUCAGUCCAUGGGAGCAGACGAUUUCCUUCCAAUGUUCAUUUACGUGUUGGUCCAAUGUGAGGUAGUCAACAUUGAGAUUGAAGCUGACUACAUGUGGGGACUGCUAGAGCCCACAAUGUUGUCUGGAGAAGGAGGCUACUACCUCACCACCCUCAGCAGUGCAAUUUGUGUCUUGAAGCAGUUUGAGCAGGAGAACCUGUUCACAGAGACCAAGGGAUUCCUGUCAGUCAUGGUUGCCGUGGGCGAUACGGAGGAUCACGUAGUUCACAAAACGCUGCCUGUCCUUCCGGGAAUGAACGCUGGCGAUGUCUCUCGUAUUCUGGCUCAUAAGAUGAAGAUUGAUAAUGCUCACUUGUACCAACUCUACUUAAUUACAAGAGAACAAGAUAUACCAAUAGGCGACAACGAAUGUCCUCUAGAGAUGAAGGAGAAUGAUGCCGGUCUGACCAGACCCUGCUUCGGUUACAAGAUAGAAAACCGACCAGUCAAAUGGUUCCCUAGAACCCUACCCUCCUGAACCGGCCGGGACAUUGCGAGCAAGUUCCAUCAAAAACUGUAGCUAACCAUACUGUGACUUACUUCUAUCAACUUCUGCUAGUCGAUGAUGGUUAAUUGUGCUAGUCCAGUGGAGUAUUCAGGAUGGUUGGUCACAUUGCUGGCAAACCCAAAAGCACAUGUACUAUAUUGUAUUACAUUGUACUACAUUGUAUUACAUUGUAUUAAUUCCCUGAUGAAGCCAUAAAACCAUAGAGUGCUCGGACAUUUUGGAGUGGUUUAGGGCGGUACCGGAAGUAAUGGGCUAACCAUAGUCGUGCAUACUCUAAUGUACAGUAGAAGUCCAUGCAGUUUAAUGGCAUUUGAUCAUGGUUUGACUGGACGUUGCAUUACAAUAUUGAUGUGCAGGCAGAACAUACGUCAACCAUCAACCACUAACCAACGGUCCCUAAUGAAAGUUGCUCUUUAAUGAAAAUCUUGCCUUGAAUGUACAACUCAAACAUGCCACCAUGGUUAAAGAAUUGAAGAAUUUUGAAAGGAUAUAUGUGG